AUGAUAAAGAUCCUUGAUGUUGUAAGGAAUGGUGAAACGUAAAAAUGAAAUUUGUUCUAAUAUUCGCCACUGUAGUUUUACCAGGGAGUCUAGCACAGUUUGCAGUACAUUUACAAGAAUCUGGGGAGUUUAAGCUGGAGUACAUGCAGUACAAAGAUCCUGUUGCAUUACCAGACAAGUUCUCUGUUUGCUUCAGGUUUCAGCUAGGUCUAGAGAGGGGACCUAGUAACUAUAUAUUCAGCUAUAGCCUUCCAGGGAAUUACGAUGAACUUAAUUUCUAUAUCAGGCCUGAAACAAGAACUGGUUCAAUUUGUCUAGAGGAUUCUUGUGGAGAGUUUUCACUAACUGGGGACCUCAGGUCUGGGUACAGUCUUAUCUGUAUUCUUGUAAAGGAUAUGUACUCACAGAGUACUUCUGUUGAACUGUUCUAUGAUGGUAAGCUGGCAGUUUCACUGAUAGUGAAUACAAUUAUCCCUGGGGGAGAUGAAAUAACCCAGGGUAUUCUGAUCCUGGGCCAGGAGCAGGAUAUGCACGGUGGAGGGUUCGAUAUCAAGCAGAGUUUCUCAGGACUUAUCUCUCAAUUCAAUAUCUUCAACAGAAUUAUCACUGAGCUGCAAAUCCAAGCAAUGCAAGACUGCUCUAAUGAACUGUCAGGAGAACUGGUCAGUUGGGAUAAUUUCUCCUGGUUGAUACAAGGAGACAUUAAUCUGUAUCCUAUAGAGGAUACAUCAAUAUACUGUAGAACUAGCCUACUAGCUGAACUGGUCAGCGUACCUGAACCGCUUGAUUUCUCUGCAGCUGAUUUCACAUGUAAUUUCUUGGGAGGAAGGAUUCAAGCUCCAGGUAAAGAACUGUCUCUUCUUCGACAAUUUAUUGAUGAUUAAUCAAUUCGAAAACCAGUUUUUAAGAUGGUUGACAGCAACGGAAAUAU